CGCUGGAUUCCUAUCUCAAACUAUCAUCUAUUUUUCAACUGAACUUACCGCUCCACAUCUCCGGCAACCCUGCGUACCAUGCAGGAAUCGCGUGGCGUAUCUGCAGCUAUUUCCAACCAGAUAGCACCCUUAUUUGAGAAGCUUAUUCCCAAUCAUGUCAUUUCCAAAGGCCCCAUAUUUAGACCUUUCCGAUCGGGGUACGUCACUCUCUAUAUAUGGUUUAUCCGGGUACUAACCGCCUCAGAGACUGUUCGAAAGUUCCAGCGUAUCAACGCGGUAGAAAGACAACACGUGGAGGAAGCGUUGGAGAACCCCAGCGCAAAGUAUUCCCUCAAUUCUGCCCUUCAGGAUUUUCCAGAGAAGCGAAACAGAUACGGAGUGCGUAUAACCAAAGAUAGUUUGGUAAUGGUACUAACAGGUUAGAACGUGUUGCCGUGGGACCAUUCGCGGGUAAAGCUCGAUGUGGUGGAGGGAUACUCGGACUACAUUAAUGCAUCCCACGUGGAAUUACAGAUUGACUCGGCUCCA